GGAGAUAAACGGGGCCAAACUCAAGCGGAACGGCACAGAGACCCUUCUCUCCCUCUCAGACUCAGAGAUACGCACGGAUUUAAACCUCUGAUUUAGACUCGAGAUGAACGACCGCGUUUUUAAACUUGCGAUUUUUAAAAAAUCAGAAUUUAACUUCUAAAUUUUGUAAAAAGAAAUAGAAAAAAAAAGAAAGAAAUCAGCUUUAAAUCGGUUUUAUUUAACUGAUUUUCUUUUUGUAUUUUCCUCUUUUGCUUUCAUUUUUUUGCUUUUUACAAAUUUCAGUUUAAAGUCUUAAAUUUUGGCCAGUUUUUACGUUUUACCUUUCUUUUUACGCGCGCUCCUCCAACAUGUUACUGGACUCCGGUCACCACCAGCUCUCCGCCGGUUUAGGCUCGAUCAACGGGGGCGCGUUCUCGCCUCACGACCGUGACCUGGAGCUCGCGCAGGGCUACGGGCUGCUGGGCGCCCGUGCUCACUUCGGGCCAGCGCGCGCCGCGGACUUCUUUCUGCGGGGCAGCGGCGCGAGCGGCAGUUUUGGAGAGGCCGGUAUGAGCGCGAGCGCCGGUCACCACCACCACCAGCAGCUCCAUCAUCACCAGCAGCAGCAACAGCACGCGAUGUUCGGCCACGGGCACGCGCAAACAGAUGGCCAGGGCGCCGCCGUGGGGCACGCGCUGUUCCCGGGUUUCCACGAGCAGCAGCAUCAGCAUCACCAUCAUCACCAGCAGCAACAACAGCAACAGCAGCAUCUCCACGCGCUCAACGGGAGGCUGGACGUUUUCGCGCGCGCCGCCGCAGCAGCAGCCGCAGCUGCCGACCCCUACAGUCAGUACGGGCUGAACGUGAACGCGCACGUGAACGUGGGCGCGCACCACGCGCACCCGUUCUUCCGCUACGUGCGCCAGCGGUGCGCCGAGCGCGAGCUGGAGCUCGCCUGCCGGUGGACGGGGGAGCGCGAGAACCAGCGCGAGCGGCCGUGCGGCCGGACCUUCGGCACCAUGCACGAGCUGGUGGCACACGUGUCCGCCGAGCACGUCGGCGGGCCGUCCGAGCACAGCGAGCAGCACGUGUGCCGGUGGGAGGAGUGCGCGCGCCACGGCAAGCCCUUCAAGGCCAAGUACAAGCUGGUCAACCACAUGCGCGUGCACACCGGCGAGAAGCCCUUCGCGUGCCCGUUCCCCGGGUGCGGCAAGGUGUUCGCGCGCUCCGAGAACCUCAAGAUACACAAGAGAACGCAUACAGGAGAGAAACCCUUUAUGUGUGAGUUCAAUGGAUGUGAUCGACGCUUCGCCAACAGCAGUGACCGCAAGAAGCACAUGCACGUCCACACGGCUGACAAACCCUACCUGUGCAAACUGUGCGACAAGUCCUACACACACCCCAGCUCCCUGAGGAAACACAUGAAGGUUCAUGAUGAGCAGAGCCCACUGAAGGAGGACUGUUCUCCAGGAGGAAGUUCAGGGUAUGACUCCUCCAGCGUGGUUUCUCCAGGGUCCGAAGCUCAGGACGCACUCUCUCCAGAACCCCCCGGCAACAACUUCAGCGAGUGGUACGUCUAGAGGACCAGAAAGACCAAAACCUUCCCAGUGAAGAUUCUGCACCACUUUACUCACCGCUCUCCUGCACUGGACUGAUCAGAGGACAGUCCGUAAUCUCCUGUGUAUUAUAAUGUAAUGAAGGAAUGCUUUUACUAUAUGAAGGAAAGAUUGAAUAUGAAGUGAAGGAGGAAUGUGCUUCAUGUGUUUUGUGUCUGGCUGUAAAAAUCAGGAUCUUAUGUUAAGAAAUGGUUACAGCGCACGCUGAAAAACGUCCCGGGACUCUUUUUUUUCAUCCAGAGUGUAUAUAAACUUCAACCGCACAGAAAGUGCCAAAAAAUAUGUGAGAAAUAUGUGAAAUCUGAGAGAAAAUCUCAGAAUGGGGACUUUUAUCCUGUAAAUUUUUGAUUAAUGUCAAUCUCGCAGAUGUAUGUGUCAUGAAAUAUUUUUUGGACGAUGUUCUGUGGGUAUCAGUGAAUGAUGUGUUUAUAAAAAAAAUGCAGAGAAAUAUUUAUGGAUUUUUUUUCUGAACUAAAAAAAUGCUUAUGUGUUUUGUUAAAAAAACAUUUCUCAGUUUUAUGAUAUAAACUCUUGUGAUAAUCUAUGUAAAAAAGACAAAUCUUAUACAGAAAUAAAAGAAAUAUUUGUGAAACA